AUGUCAUCUACUACCAACAAUAACGGACUGAAUAACACAGUCAGAACUCUUCAAUCCAUCAUUUCCAAUAACACCAACAAUGACCCAUUUCAUUCCACACCAAGCAAUAACUUGUACAACAAUAAUGAACAAGCUGUAGGAUGGGGUUCAUCCAAUGUACAAUCAUCUCCAUCUAGAAACCAGGCACCAAUUGGAAGUGAAAUUAAACGUAAUACCACACCAAAUAAUAAUGAAUAUUUUGGUUUAUCUAUUCAGAGAGCUAUUAGUGCUCCUCCUGCUAUGGAAUUGGACACUAACAAUAUAUUUGCUACCCAAUCACGUUAUUCACACUUGUUUGGAGAUAUUCGUUGUGAAUCUGAUUAUGCUAACUUUUAUAAUUCCUAUUCAAACAAGGAUAGCUUACCUACUCCAAUUGAAGCUAAUCCAUUAUUUCUCUCACCAUAUGAAAUGUUCGGAAAACCAAAAGGAAAUAUGUAUGGUCCUCCUAAUGGUAUGAAUAUGGGUGUUUCUUCAUCAACAGCUCCAAACAUGUAUCCUUAUCAACAAAUGAUGCCAAAUAAUUAUCAAAAUGCUUAUGGUAUGGAGAAUGCUUGGGCAAUGCAACAACAACAAGGUUUUCCUCCAGGAAUGGACAAUCAAAACAUGAUGCAACAACAUAUGCAGCAACAUUACCCACCACAAGCACAACAACAACUUCCUACUCUAGAACAACAACGUUUAUAUCUUCAAAAUAAGCAAUUGGAAGAAGCUCUAUCCAGACAACAACAACAAUUAGAAUUCUACGGACAACAAAUUAUGCAACAACAACAACAAUUGAUUCAACAACAUAAUCCUACUACUGGUUUUAUUCAAAAACCAACACCAAUGCCAACAGGAGGAAAUUUCAAUCAAGUUAUACCUCCAAAUCAUUUACCAGUCAGUCCACAAAAGCAAGAGGUUGCUUCUCCUCCUAUUGCUUUCAACACCAUUGUUGCUAGUAAUAUGGGAGUUCCAGUUAAUAACACUAGUGCUAAAACCAUUGUUGCUUCAAAUAAUGUUGUGGAACAAGCUAAUAGUGGUUCAAGUUCUCCAACUUCUGACUCUUCAUCAGGUGCCUCCACUCCAACAAUUUCCAACAAGAAGAAGGAAGGAAAGAAAAAGAAGGAAAAGGUUGAUACCUCUGAUGAUGACGAAAAGAGUUCAAAGAAGUCUGCUUUUGGUAAAUUAAGCUCAAUGACUGAUGCUGUCGGAAAGGUUUAUAAAUUAGCAAAGGAUCAAUAUGGAUGUAGAUUCCUCCAAAAGAAGAUUACUGAUGGUGAACAAGGAUUGCAAAUGGUAUUUGAUGAAAUUUAUGAUCAUAUUGUUGAAUUAAUGACAGAUCCAUUCGGAAAUUAUUUGUGUCAAAAAUUGGUAGAACAUUGUACCAAUGAACAUAAGACUCUCAUUAUUAGAGCAGUCUCUAAGGAUCUCAUCAAUAUUUCCAUGAAUAUGCAUGGUACCAGAGCUGUUCAAAAGUUGAUUGAAUGUCUCACCACUCAAGACCAAAUUGGAGAAAUUAUUGAAGCUCUCAAGGAUUCUGUUGUUCCUCUUAUUAAGGAUUUGAAUGGCAACCACGUUAUUCAACGUUGCCUUCAACAAUUAAUUCCAGAAAAUAAGCAAUUUAUUUACAAUGCUGUUGCUGGUAGAUGUGUUGAAGUUGCUACUCACAAACACGGAUGUUGUGUCUUGCAAAGAUGUAUUGAUCAUGCCGCUGAAUCACAAAGAAUGAUGCUUAUUAAGGAGGUUAUUGCCAAUGCUCAUACACUUAUUCAAAACCCAUUUGGUAACUAUGUUGUUCAAUAUGUACUUGAUCUUGGUGAUGAUUCCAUUAAUGAAAAGAUUAUUGCUAGAUUUUAUGGUAGUAUUGCUUCAUUGUCUAUCAACAAGUUCAGUUCCAACGUUAUUGAAAAGUGUCUCAGAAUUGGUAAUGAAAAUGUCAAGAAUACCAUGAUUGAGGAAGUUCUUGAAGAUAGAAAUCUCUCAGCCCUCUUACAAGACUCAUUCGGUAACUAUGUUGUUCAAACAGCAAUUUCCAUCUCAGAUGCCAAUCAAUUCGCAAGAUUUAACAAUAAUGUUAAACCAUACCUUCCAAUCAUUAAGAAUGCUCCAUACUAUAAAAAGCUUGAAAGCAAGUUGAACAGAGUUCCAAAACCUGCCACCUCCUCCCCAUCUCCAAAGCAAAGUAGCAAGAAGUAA